AUGCCUGAGAACCGCCCACGAUAUGAGAUUGACAGACCGGCUUAUAACCUCCCUGACUUUGACAGAGAGUUUGACAAGAAGACUCGACAAUUCCCAGUCGGCGAGAGAGUGAAGAAACACUUCAGGUACAGAAUCACAAUCUCUCCGCACUGUCAGCACGAACUACACGUCUUCAUAUCACAGAUUCUCUACCUCUGAGGUGAUCAAACAGAGAGGAGCCCCCGUAGAUGUGACUCCAUAUGACGUUCAGACGUGUUCUGGACCAACCUGAGCUCUUCAAAGAGGCCUCUCUUGUUCUCUCUUCGCUUGUUUGUUUGUGUAGAUGCUCUGUGAAGAGGCUGACGAGCUUGUUAUUCAGACAUCUGCCUGUUCUGAGAUGGCUCCCUAAGUACAAAGUGAAAGAAAACCUCCUAUACGACGUCGUUGGCGGGGUCAGCGCCGGCACCAUUCAGGUCCCCCAAGGUCAGUGCGAUCUCUAUUUGCUAGCUGCUACAGUUUUUAGCUCUUCCCUGGUAUCUUUUAAUACUCUUCCAUUGUUUAUAUGAGGGUUAUAAAGAGGAUCCUGUUUUUCCAGGCAUGGCAUUUGCUCUGCUGGCAAAUCUCCCUCCUGUCAACGGGCUCUAUUCCUCUUUCUUCCCCCUCAUCCCAUUUUUCUUCAUGGGCACUGCUCCCCAGAUGGUCCCAGGUAAAUCAGAGUGAUUUAUCUACAGCCGUUUCAUAUGAUGACAGUGAUAAGUUGCCAGAGCUGCACGGCGGCGGCAACGGCGGCGGCAGCUCAGAUCAGCUGCCUGACUUUGCAGUAAAGAAAAAAAAAGAUGUGACACAUUUCUUUCUCUGUGUAGGUACGUUUGCUGUCCUCAGCAUUAUGGUUGGAGCUGUGUGCCUGAGGCUGGCCCCAGAGUCAGACUUCAGUCAUUUUAACGCCACACUUAAUGCUACAGUGGUGGACACUGACAGGAUGGAUGAGGUUCGACUGGGGAUAUCUGGAACUUUGGCCUGUCUCACAGCGAUCAUACAGGUACUUGUAGCUCUAAAAUCUGAGUGAAAUUGGAGAGAGAGAGUGAGAAUGUGAAAGAAAACUUACACUUUGAGGCCUUUUUCUGUCUUUGCAGAUCGGCCUGGCCUUCAUGCAGUUCGGGUUUAUCGCCAUCUAUCUGUCCGAAUCUUUCAUCAGGGGCUUCAUGACGGCUGCAGCGCUGCAAGUUCUCAUCUCGGUGCUCAAGUACAUCUUCGAUAUCAGUGUUUCACCUCAUAGUGGUCCUCUGGCUAUCAUAUAUGUAAGUCAGCCAUUCAUACUGCAGCCAGAGUACACUAAAAGACAUGAGUAUGUUUGCCUAUAACAUCCAUGAUUUGAAAUUUUGUCACAGAGGCUCAUUGACAUUGGUCGCGGUCUUCCUGACACAAACAUCACCUCUUUCGUGUUCGCUCUGGUCAGCAUUGUCGUCAUGAUUGUUGUGAAGGAGUUAAACGGGCGUUUCCGCCACAAGCUGCCCUUUCCUAUACCUGUGGAGAUCAUUGUUGUGAGUAACUUUUACUGUACUUUUAAUAUUUCUUUGAUAAUGUCUGAUUUCUUGAAGCUGUGGCUCAGAUUUCUUUAAAGCAGUCUGUUGAAGUGAUUGAUCUCUUUUCUGCAGGUGGUGGUCGCCACAGCCAUCUCAGGCCCUUUGCGUUUCCCUGAAACCUACCACAUGGACAUAGUUGGGGAAAUUCCUUUAGGGUAAGACAUUUUCACACAGAUAUCAAACCUCUCCAGUCAUGUACUCUAGGAAGAUGAAAUGCUGUAAUUGCAAGUACGGUGGAACAGUGCCGUGGAGGUUUAGGUUCUUUUCAACUGAGGUGUACUUGUCGCCUUUGUUGCAGAUUCCCAACGCCAAUCCUACCAACUGUGAGUCACUGGGGAGACAUGUUGAGCACGGCGUUUUCUUUGGCAAUUGUUGGUUAUGUCAUCAACUUGGCUGUCGCGAGGACGUUAGCGGCCAAGCACGGCUACGAUGUGGAUGCUAACCAGGUAGUAAAACUGCUUUUCCUCACUUGUUCAAAACUUGUAUUUCACUUUUUCUUGAACGUGAAUGUUCUCGUUUCAGGAAAUGUUGGCUCUUGGCUGCGGCAACUUCUUCGGGUCCUUCUUUAAAAUCCACGUGAUCUGCUGCGCCCUGUGCGUAACCAUGGCGGUGGACAGCGCAGGUGGAAAAUCACAGGUGAGAGAUCAAGUACCUGUAACUGUGUUACGUCACCGACUAUAUCUCAAACCUCCGCUCUGUUUCUGUCUUCUCGUAGUUGGCCAGUCUGAGUGUGAUGGUGGUUGUUAUGGUUACACUGCUUGCAUUGGGAGUCUACUUAAGACCACUUCCAAAAGUAGGUGCACGAAUGAUACUAAAAAACAUCUUCAGAAUAAGAGAUAAAAGAUUAAUAGAAGUAUUGAUCGAGGUGAUUAUAAUCAUGUUUCUGCAGUCAGUUCUUGGAGCCUUGAUCGUGGUCAACCUGAAGACCCCACUCCUGCAGCUCUCGGAUCCUUAUUACUUAUGGAAGAAGAGCAAAGCAGACUGUGUAAACUUUUAACAUUCAGCAGUGUUACUAUGCAGUGUUUUCAUUUUCACAGACCUUAUUAAGAACCUAUUGUUCUUUUGUUUCCAGUGUGUGUGGGUUGUGACAUUCUUGGCUACAUUCCUACUUGGCUUACCAUACGGUGUUGCUGUUGGAGUUGGCUUCUCCAUCUUGAUUGUCAUAUUUAGGACACAGUUGUAAGUCAACCCUAUAAAAAACAAUACAGUAGAAUGUAAAGUAUAUCCGUGUAGCUCUUGUUUUAAUCGUGUUUUCCUUGUAGUCGAAAUGGGUCAACUUUGGUCGAAAUUGAGGCCACAGGUAUCUACAAAAACCCGAAGGUUUACGGCAAGGUAUUUAACUAAUUCGCUUUUGAAUUUUUGUCACACAACACUCAAGGUUAUUUAGUCCUUUUCUUUUUCACCUUCACAGGUCAAGUCGAUAAAAGGCGUGAAAAUACUGAACUACUGCUCGCCGCUGUAUUUCGCAAAUGCUGAAAUAUUUCGCCAGAAGGUCAUCAAAAAGGUGCGGUGAAACGAGCCUUUCAGCGCGAUCGUGACCUUUUCUCUACAGCUGUUUUUUCCACAUUAGCUGUCAGGUCAGAUUCAGAUGAAGUGAUUGAAAGCAGCUUGGCAAAGUUCAUGUUGAAGAUUACUACAAAAUCAUACACAGGAAAAUAUCACCAAGGACACAACAUGUAUCGCUUUGCCAACGUUGUUCGCCAAAACAGCAGUUUCUCCCAGCUGCUGUGAGGUUGGCCGGUUGGUUGAAUAAACUUAUGAGGGGAAUCAGUCUUAAUAAAAGCAUGUUCAUGUUUAGACCAGGCUGGAUCCUGGCAAACUCCUCCUGGCCAAACGGAAGCAGUUGGAGAAAGAACUGAAGGAAAAAGCAAAAGAAGAGAAGAAGGACAAACAGAUGAAGAAGAAGAAGUUGAGCUCUGUGGCUAACAUUAUAGUUCAGGUGGGAUCAAACAAAUGUGAAACACUACGUAGAUGUUUUACUUCAUUAAACUACAACCUGUGACAUUUUCAGUUUCGUUUUAUUUCCUUUGAAUCUAGACAACAUCUCAGCUUGACCUGCAAAAGGACUUCAACUUUAAAGACAGUGAUACCAACCAAUCAGGAAUCCCCGUCUGCUAUGAUAACCUUGGCUUCAGUGAAACUGAGCCAGACAAGAAGAUGCCUGACCAGGAGUUACCUUUCCACACCCUCAUCCUGGACUUGGCAGGGGUCUGCUUUAUCGACCUGACAGGCAUCAAAGUCUUGAUCAAGGUAAGAAGCGUCUUCGCAGUAUUACUUGAUAAAUCUGAUAAUAAAAGUUUUAUUUUUGUACAUUUAUGCGUAAAGUUUGUGGUAACCUUGUCAUGUUUACCAUGUUGCAUUGUUCUUUAAAAAGUGUUGGGGUUAAAGCUCCUAUAAGGAACUUUCUGUCUAUGUUGACUUUGGCGCCCCCAGUGGACAAAGUUUUAACCCUUUAUUAUUGGGGUUGUGUAUGAAAGUGACAGUGAACCAACCUCUAAAGCCAAAUCUGGGAGUGGCAGAAAGCGUCGAAAAAUGUGGUUUAACACCUGGCUGCCAACGAAUCACUCAGCGUCUGUCUAACCAGGGUGGCACGCUGUGAUGAUGCCAAGAUGGACUGGUUUGUUGAAGCGCGGUGGGAAAGCGUCAAAGUGAACCAAAGCGAACCAAACCUUGUGAAAGAACCUGAGAACAUAUUUCAACAUCUAAAUGACCAAAGCGGUUCUGAAAUAAGGAAGAACAGAGAGUUUCAAAUCAACAUAAAUUAACUCACAAAUCAUUAAACUCUCUGAAUCCUCCAGGUGAGAACUUUUACAUGUGCUCGGUCAUGUCUAUGAACAGUCCUUUUUCUUCUCCUCCCACACAGAUGAACUCAAGCUACUCAUUGCUGGGCAUCAAACUAUACCUGGCAAAUAUUCAAGGUAAAAUACAGUUACCAUAGCAACAGAGAGCAAAUUAUUCCCUACAAAUUUAAGUCGCAAAGAUUUGUUAAGGCCGGCAUCAGAGAGUGUGACGAGACAGACACUUAGUGCUUAAACAAAUCCUCGUGUAAACUUACUGAGUGCUUCUUUUUAAAGAGAUGAGAUUAUCCGCAGUUAUUGUGAUGAUUGAAGCUACUUUUUGUGAAUAUUCUUAAGCAGAUUUUCUCCUCUGGAGCCGUUUUAUCCUCCUGUAAUACUAAUCACUUGUUUCACUCUGAUCCACUCCUCGUGUGGUUAUUGUUUUCAUGCCGCCUGCAGCCCAAGUGUACGAGGAGCUGAAGGCUGGAGGAGCGCUUGAUGACGGGAACAUUGCCAGCAGUCGUCUUUUCCUUUCUGUCCAUGAUGCUGUUCUGUUCGCUCAACGAAAUCCAGACUCUUUAAAGGUAGAUCUCACAUUAUAAAACAACCCCGUCAUACUAGAUAUUUCUGAAAUCACAUAUAAACACAGAUUGGGUUUAGAGGGAUUUAUGAAUGGAUUAAGAAGACAAGAAAAACAAGAUGGUUGUAUAAUGACACAUUCCUCUCUUAACAAAAAGCGUCAGUCAUCUUUUCUGGUUCAACGAGAAUACCAGAAGGAUCACAAGGACUUGACUCAUAAAAUGACCAAAUACAUACAAAGUGACGAUUCCAAAGUCACCCUGCAAAUCCGAGGCUCUAAAGGCAGAAAAGUAAAAGGUGUUAAUAAGAUGGCACUGACACUUCUAGUUAAGGUUGCUGGCAUCUGUCCUAUGCUUUUUUGUCCAUCCACAACAGGAUAAAUAUACACUUUUUUUGCAAAAUAAACUUGAGAAACUGAAAAUAGGUCUAAGUCAGAGUUGAAAAAUCUGGAAUCCUGUGCUUUAGAUGUGACUUUAAAAUUCACAUUUACUUUGCUGAAUGCAGGUAGAGGAAGAAAAAGAGGAACUCGCCCUUGAUAUUGAAGGAGAGAAGGAUCUGGAGCAGGUAUUUGUGCAUGAAUGA